CAGCAGGCGACCCGGAAGGUUUGAAGUCCGACUGAGAGCAGGCAGAAAGAAGAGUCUAAUCCUUUAUAAAACAUUUCUUCCCUCGCUGGUUCAGGAUGGCUGAACCUCGCUUUAACAAUCCUUAUUUUUGGCCUCCGCCUCCUACUAUGCCCGGCCAGCUGGAUAACCUAGUCUUGAUCAAUAAAAUCAAGGAGCAGCUGAUGGCAGAGAAAAUCAGACCGACGCAUCUGCCCACUGCCUCAGCCCCUUCCCAACAGCCAUUGCUGCCUCCCUCCAUCCAGGUGGAUGGCAGCCAGCACGGGAUGUCCAAAGCUCAGCAGAUGCCAGUUCUCCACAGCCAUAGCCCGUCUCAGCCUGAUAUUGCCCUGCACGCCCGCCCCGCCUCCAGCUCAAUGACGGGUCGUAUUCUGGGAGAUGUAAACUUGAAUCUGGACGAUAAGGCAGCUAUAAAAGCCAGAGGAUUAUGGGAAGACUGGCAUCUGCGCCAACUUAUUGAUCCCUCCAGGACAAACCAUGUCUCAGGCAUGUCUUUGUCAUUACUUUUGAACCAAUCAGGUGUGGCGCUGGCCUCCAGAACAGGCAACCUCAACACCUCAGAGAUAAUUACCCCAACCACCCCCACCUCGAGCAACCACACACGGCUGGGUGGAGCCCCAAUGCCUCACCUCAUCUCGGGCUUGGCCUGUAGCCAUGGAAUUGAGCCUGGAAAGAACAAUGGUGGCCUUGUAGGACUCCUCGGCCCUCCUCCAAAGGAAGAACGAGGGCGAAAGAGAAUUAAAGCAGAGAAUGGGUCGUCACUUUUGGUAGUGCCCUACCCAAUCCUAGCCUCGGGGAACGACGAGUCAUGUGUCAGUACAGGGCCUGCCAAACAGGGAAAAACAUACAGGUGUAAAAUGUGUCCGUUGACCUUCUUCUCCAAGUCAGACAUGCAGAUCCACUCCAAAACGCACACAGAGGCCAAGGCUCACAAGUGUCCUCACUGCACCAAGUCAUUUGCAAACGCUUCGUACCUGGCCCAGCACCUGCGCAUACACCUGGGGGUCAAGCCCUACCGCUGCUCCUACUGCGAGAAAUGUUUCCGCCAGCUCUCCCAUCUGCAGCAACACACCAGAAUCCAUACAGGUGAUCGACCGUACAAAUGCUCCCAUCCAGGGUGUGAAAAGGCUUUUACUCAGCUAUCUAAUCUGCAGUCUCACCAGAGGCAGCACAACAAAGACAAGCCUUUCAAAUGUUCCAACUGUUACCGUGCUUAUUCAGACUCUGCCUCGCUGCAGAUCCACCUGUCUGCACACGCAAUAAAAAAUGCCAAGGCCUACUGCUGCAGCAUGUGCGGCAGGGCGUACACGUCGGAGACGUAUCUUAUUAAACACAUGUCCAAGCACACAAUGGUGGAUCAUGUGGUGUCCCAUCACUCCCCGCAGCACAGGACAGAGUCUCCCGCCAUCCCUAUACGGAUCUCCCUCAUCUGAGCUCCUCACCCAUUUCCUGCCAUCCAAUCAGAUCCUGUGAUAUCCUCUGAUAGACUUCAAACCCUAAAAUGGGUUGCAAAAAUGUGCCAGAUUGUAUGAGUAUAUUGUGAAAAGGUGCUCUUUUAAUGAGUAUUUCCUCCUUUCCUUUUUAGCUGACCAGAUAGUAUUAUCGGGAACAUCCAAAGAUGACUUCUCAGCACUUUCAGGCCUGAAAAUGACAGGCCAAAAAACGUCUUUUUCUAUGUGACUUCAGAGUAAAAAGGAAAAAUAAGUAUUGCUCCUGGCAGCUAAAGUACAUGGAAACAUUUUUUUUGUGUUAUAACAAAAUAACAUUGUCUCUUUUUAUAUGGUCCAUUACUUUUUGUCAUCAAAAAAAGUCUUCCGUUAGCUGAGUGGCCAAGUGAUCAUAAAGGUGAAGCUUAUAUAACGUGUAUUCAUGUAAACUGUGCCACUCUUUGUCAGUGUUUUCAAUGCUUCACCAACACGUGGCCAUCAUGCACUUAACAUAAAAAGUAAUGUUUUAACCCUAUUGUUAAGAUUGCCCUGACCAGGAUGUGUACCUCAUAUUUAGAUAAAUGGAUGUAUUUUGUUUUAAAUAUAUUUUGUAAUGUUAUGAAAAUCAGUUCUCAAGUUAAAAUUGGUACAUUUUAAGAGAUCCUAAGGGAUCCUAAAAUACAAAAGUUGUCAAAAAAAAAACACAAACGCAAACCGCACAAAAAUGUAAAGUGUGAUUGACACAUUGAAUGUGAGAGCUCCUGCUUUCUGCUAGCACAGAAGGACAAAUACAAGUAUGUUUUUGUAGCCGUCAAAAAAAUAUUUUUUACAUUUGUGCCAAACUAACCAAACUAUUUAUCAUUUUUGUUUAACUAUUAAAUUGAUACAUGCAAUCGGUGCUUUUUUGUCCACUUCGGUUGUACAAAUGUAUAAAUGAAGUGACCAAACUAAAAUGUUUCCCGUCUCUGCUGCUGACAGAUGUCUUUCUGUCCUGGAAAACAUUGAUGAUGACGUUUCUUUUUGGUUUUCAGCUAUAAUGUAUAACGGAAGCACUUCUUUUGCCAUUGUUUUACAAAUGUCACCUUUGCCAUUUUAUAUACAUUUAAGCCUUAACUUUGUUACAACUCUAGGGUCCACGCUGUUGUUCUAUUGCUUUCAUUUGCCUUUUAUUUCAUGGCAUGAUAUAUACUGUAAAUAAACUAUAGUACCUGUCAACCUGUUUUCUAAUAAAUAAUUCUAUAAUUACAA